UUCCAAUACACAUAUUCUAAUAUUCCAGAUACUCGAAUGGACUUUGUAUAAAUAUAAGUGAAAAUCAAUUUACUUAAAAAAAAACAUUUUUGGCUUCAAAAAUCUCAUAGUUUUGGCCACAAAAACAUCUCAUCCGUCUUGGGGAAGGACUCAGCAAUGGAUUAUGCAAAUAGUGAAGACGCUUCAGCUGAUCAGGGUGGACCCCACAAGAAGAUUGGCAAGUUCCACAAUGUUCUGCCGCUGUGGGGAAAUGAAUCCAGCAUGAACCUCAAUCCACUCAUCCUUGCCAACAUCCAGAGCUCCAGCUACUUCAAAGUGACCUUGUUUAAAUUGAAGACUUAUCAUGAGGUGGUGGACGAAAUAUUUUAUCAAGUUAAACACCUGGAACCGUGGGAGAAAGGUUCCCGCAAGACAGCUGGGCAGACUGGAAUGUGUGGCGGGGUGCGCGGCGUGGGAGCUGGUGGCAUAGUUUCUUCAGCCUUUUGCCUACUUUACAAACUCUACACACUGAAAUUGACGCGGAAACAGGUGAAUGGACUACUGACCCAUACAGACUCACCCUACAUACGGGCACUAGGUUUCAUGUACAUCCGGUACACACAGCCCCCGGGUGAUCUCUUCGAUUGGUACGAGCAGUAUUUGCAGGAUGAAGAGGAGAUUGACGUGAAAGCAGGAGGGGGUCAGGUAAUUAGCAUUGGACAAAUGCUAGUGCAGUGGCUGACGAAAUUGGAUUGGUUCUCGACGCUCUUUCCGCGAAUUCCCGUGCCCAUUCAGAAGCAGAUUGAGUCGAAACUGAAUGAAUACGCCCAGGACUACGGGAUCACUCUCCAGCCGGUACGAUUUACGGGUAACAAUAGCACUGCUGCUGGUGGAGAGAGAUACGAGCGUCCUGAGCGUGGUGAACGAGGAGGGGAGCACCACAGGCGCCGGGAGGAGCCUCAGAAUCGCGACAGGGAAUCAUCGUCUCACCGGAGGAAGCACGAUGACCGGGAGCGCGAACGGGAGAGAUCGAGAUCGAAAGAGAAGGAAAAGUACCGCGAUAGGGAAGCAACAUCCAGCCGUGAUCGGUAUCGUGAACGUGAACGGGACAGGAGCCGCAGUGCAGAGCGCUACCGUAGUAGUCAGAAGAGGCAUCGCAGUGAUCGCGACAGAGGGGACAGGAGGUACCGAUAGGAAGGACUCUAUUCCCGAAUGACUUAACUUUUCAUUUAAUUUUAUUGAAUUUUUCUCUUUAGUUGAAGGAAUAAUGCAUUGAAUUUAUAAGAAUAUUGUAAAAAAUUAUAUACAACACACAGUUUUGUCCGGAUUAGCUUAGGCUCUGGUGUGCAGGCUCUCUCUUCUCCUCUACCUCUCUCACAGUACAGCCUGCACACGUGAUGGAAUAUUUCUAAUUAGCUCAGGAUGAUGAUAAGAAGGAGUUUUCAGUCUGAAAUGUUAAGUUUCCGCUUGCAUAUAGAGAGAAUUGUAUAUCGGGAGUUUUUGAUAAUAAAAAAAACAUCUUCAACUGAAA